CGUGAGUCACGCUGACGACGCGCGAAGGGCACAGGUCUGAGCUCCGGGAGGACGUUCGGCCUCUGUGAGCUGCAACCUUUCCAAGGGAGUGGUUGGGUGUUCGCCAUCUUAGGGGGGAGAUGUUCUCGUCCGUGGCGCACCUGGCGCGGGCGAACCCCUUUAACGCGCCACAGCUGCAGCUGGUGCACGAUGGCCUCGCGGACCGCCGCCGCAGCCCCGCCGGGCCCCCGGGCCCGCCCCGCCGCUCCCGCAAUCUGGCAGCCGCCGCCGUGGAAGAGUACAGUUGUGAAUAUGGCUCCAUGAAGUUUUAUGCACUGUGUGGCUUUGGUGGGGUCUUAAGUUGUGGUCUGACACACACUGCUGUCGUUCCCCUGGAUUUAGUGAAAUGCCGUAUGCAGGUGGACCCCCAAAAGUACAAGGGCAUAUUUAAUGGAUUCUCAGUUACACUUAAAGAGGAUGGUGUUCGUGGUUUGGCUAAAGGAUGGGCUCCUACUUUCAUUGGCUACUCUAUGCAGGGGCUCUGCAAGUUUGGCUUUUAUGAAGUAUUUAAAGUCUUGUAUAGCAACAUGCUUGGAGAGGAGAAUGCGUAUCUCUGGCGCACAUCACUAUAUUUGGCUGCCUCUGCCAGUGCUGAAUUCUUUGCUGACAUUGCCCUGGCUCCUAUGGAAGCUACUAAGGUUCGAAUUCAAACCCAACCAGGUUAUGCGAACACUUUGAGGGAUGCAGCUCCCAAAAUGUAUAAGGAAGAAGGCCUAAAAGCAUUCUACAAGGGGGUUGCUCCUCUCUGGAUGAGACAGAUACCAUACACCAUGAUGAAGUUUGCCUGCUUUGAGCGUACUGUUGAAGCAUUGUACAAGUUUGUAGUUCCUAAGCCCCGGAGUGAAUGUACAAAGCCAGAGCAGCUGGUUGUAACAUUUGUGGCAGGUUACAUAGCUGGAGUCUUCUGUGCAAUUGUUUCCCACCCUGCUGAUUCUGUGGUAUCUGUGUUGAAUAAAGAGAAAGGUAGCAGUGCUUCUCAGGUCCUCAAAAGACUUGGAUUUAGAGGUGUAUGGAAGGGACUCUUUGCCCGUAUCAUCAUGAUUGGUACUCUGACUGCACUACAGUGGUUCAUCUAUGACUCUGUGAAGGUCUACUUCAGGCUCCCUCGUCCUCCUCCACCCGAGAUGCCAGAGUCUCUGAAGAAGAAGCUUGGGUUAACUCAGUAGAUAGAGCACAGCAAAUAUGGACUGAAUCUGCUUGUUGAUCAGUGUUGAAGAAAGUACAAAAGGAACUUUUAUAUAUUUGACAAUGUAGAAAAUUUGCCUGUUCCUGAUAUCAUUACUGUAGUACUCUUGUUUAAGGCAAGAAUUUCAAACUUAAUGUUGAAAUAAACCCAACUGUUCAUGA